GCCGCGUCUAACCCGGGAUGACUUAGCCGAGUCGCACGCAGGCUGCGUGCCGCAUCCAACUGCCAUAGAGCCAGUCACUGUAGCCCCGCCUCGCCGAAGGCACUUCAUCUCGCCCGCGGGCUCUUCACGAAACUCUUUUACCCUCGAGGACAGCUUCGAGAUGGCGCAGACGUACGGAGCGACGCCUGCGAUUGUGGCGGAGGAGCGCGAACCUGGCCUCCAGCCUUCGCAGUCUGAUGAGAGUGAUGCUCUCCUGGGAGCUGAGGCUAGUGCACGCCGGCCCAAGAGGGACGGACAUGGUACAUUGACAAGCUCGGUGGGAAACCUAGCGAACACUAUCAUUGGCAGUGGCAUGCUAACGUUCCCCUUGGCUAUGGCCUCUGCUGGUAUUAUACCGGGGAUCAUAACCUGUAUCUUUUCCGGCUCCGUCGCAGCCUUUGGACUCUACUUGCUCACCCUAUGUGCGACGAAGGCACCGCAUAGAAGAGCGUCAUUCUUUGCUGUCGCUGAACUCACGUUCCCGAGAGCUGCGGUGUUCUUUGAUGCCGCAAUCGCAGUCAAGUGCUUCGGUGUAUCUAUCAGCUACCUGAUCAUCGUCAAGUCACUCAUGCCUAACGUCGUUGCUGCAAUGUACCACGACUUGUCGCAUCACGAUCCACCUGCAUGGGCGCAGUCCGGUCGCGUUUGGAUCACAAUCCUCAUGGGAAUUCUUUUCCCUUUGUCUUUCAUGCGUAAGAUAGACAGCCUAAGACAUACCAGCUACAUUGCGCUCUUCUCUGUUGCUUACCUCGUCGUGGUUGUAAUCUCGUGCUACUUCUUCCCUCUCGAGGGUACGCAGGCGCCGGGCGAGAUUCACCUUAUCCACUUCACACCGAACUUUGUCUCAACAUUUCCCGUGCAAGUCUUCGCAUAUACUUGCGCCCAGAACAUAUUCCCCAUCUUCAACGAGAUAUCCUCCAAUACACAGCCUCGUAUGAACAUUGUUAUUGGGUCAUCCAUAGGCUCGGCUGCACUGAUAUACGAAAUCAUUGCUAUCUUUGGCUACCUCACAUUUGGCUCGAAGGUCGGCGCGAACAUCAUUGCGAUGUACCCUUCGACGUCACUUUUCAUCGCGAUCGGUCAAUUAGCGAUCGCAAUCUUGGUCAUGUUCUCAUACCCGCUACAAGUGCACCCAUGUCGCAACUGCCUCGACAAGGUCUUCCAUAUGGGCCACCUCGUCAAGACUCCCGAGGGUGAAGAAGUAGAAGACGAGCAUGGCGGCAGCCCUGAUAUGAGCCAUCUAAAACACAUCUUGCUCACAAUUGCCAUCGUCGCAUGUGGCUUCUCGAUUGCAUUCUUCGUGGAUGACCUACAGAUGGUGCUGUCAUUCGUUGGCUCCACUGGAUCAACUACGAUCUCCUUCAUUCUGCCCGGACUAUUCUACUGGAAGCUCUCGCAUACUGAUCCUACCGCCAGCAAGACCUUAUCGAGGGCAGCACUCGCACUCGCAGUAUACGGUAUGUGUGUGUUUGUCUUCUGCCUGAGCUUCAAUAUCUAUCAGGUUGUGCGCCCCUCUCAAUCUGUACCACACUAGCGUUGUAGACCCUCCUAUGUAUCUUAUACCGCGCUCUCCCGUUUGCUACAUAUAUUGGUCUGGUCAUUAAUUUCAGUGUCGAUAAGGCGACUGCAUAGUUUAUCUGUAGUGCGUUCCCCCGAGAGCCAAUUGAAUGCUGGUGCCAAGUCGCCGGCCGUAUUCACUG